AUGCACAUUGAUCCAACUCAGAUGGUAAAGAUUUCAUUCUAAGCCUGCAUUGUGAUUUUCAUUUCUUUAACAUUUGCAGCAAUUCUAUUUGGUUAACCUGAAAAGUUGACAAGAGGCUUCGAUCCAGAUGGUAAUUAGCAUCAUAAUAAAAAGCAAUUGCAUGCGGUGCUGAUUUUGGAUCCAGAGAUUAUCCUUACAUUUAUUUUGGCAAUCCUACACCUAAUACUUUGCAUUAAACCGUCUGUGUUAAAUCCUGUCCUAAACCAGAUCAUAAAAACGGCAGUACAUAUACAAGUCAUAUCUUGUAGUGCCAAAACAAUUAGAUUGCAUGCCUAACUCUAUUAUUUAGUAAUGUUAAGCUAAGUUCUCCAUAGACCAUCCAGAAACUUAAUUUUUAAUAUAUGAUACCUUUGUUUAUAAGGGAAACAUUUGUAUGCCUAGAAAUUUAGCUUAUUAUGAGGCGAUCAAAGAAAUAUCCACUCCACCUUCUAGAUUAAGUAAUACCAGUGAUGUGUACUAGAAUAAAUGGAUGCUCCUUAUCUUUAUACUCAUUGCAGGCGUUGCCUCUAAAUAAUUACUCACAUAACUGAAGGCAAAUACUUAAUAUAGUGUUUGGGGCUUGACAUUUGGACUAUUCAUUUUUGUGGGAACUCUGGGAGUUAUUUUUGUUUCUUAAGCCAGAGAUGCUAUCGCCAAUUCAUUAGAAACUAAUUCCAUGUCUUCUUUUUAGGUGGAUGAAGAAUAUAUUUUGAAAAUGAGUAAUGUGCCAAAUCCUAUUAAAAUGGUCAUCUUAUCUUUAAUUUUUGUAAUUCUAACAUUUUAUGGAGCUUAUUUCUUAUACAACAACUACGAUCGAAUCAAAGAUCUGUCACAAUUAUUUGAAUAGGUUGAAAUAUAUAUGGCUGAUCAUGAGUACCUAUAAGAAGCAUCUUACCCAAUGAUUUUGGUCCUUAAUCUCUUUCUAUUCUUAACCAUCUAUACCAUUCUGUAUACAUUUAUCAAUAUUUCUAAUAGAUCAUUAAGAGCUUGUUUUGUGAUUGAUUUCUAAUAAAUUGGACCCUUUGAAAAAAUCUAAGGAGGUGUUCUCUAUUAUUUCCAAUUCUUGAUAGUAUUUUUCUUCUUUUGGGGAGUCCAAGUGAUCUUUGGAAUUAACAACUACAUGGUUUCAUCAUCUUUGGUGCAGUGGAUUCAAGUGGGUUAUAAUCAACAGUAAGAUGUACAAUACAAUCGAAAUCAAGCUACACUUAUUUUAACUAGAUACUUUAUGCAAGAAGCUUUCUAUAACAUUGGCAAAAUAGCAUUUGCUUCAUUUCUCUUAUUGAUAUCUCCGCUUAAAUUUAUGUGCGAUGCUAUUAAGGAUUGGGCUGUCAGGAGAUAAAACUAGAAGUUUAGAAAUUUACUUACUAAAUGUUGCUGUCUGCCUUUUAUUCAAAUAUACAAAAAAACCAGACAAAUUGAAGAGGUUGUUUACAUUGAGUAAGCGAUCAAUAGGAAGUAUUGCAUAACAAUUAAUGUCUGUUUUAAAUUCAUCGAGGACUACUUGGAAUUAAGAUUAGAGGAUUCAAACGCUGCUGAGCUUUUCGAAUAACUAAGUAUUUUCAUUCAUAUAAGCUAUAGGGAAUACUGUUGAUUCAUUUUUAUUGAUCAUCAAAAUAUUUAUUGCACUUCUUUGUGCCAUCAUUUGUAAGUUUCUUUUGAUUUUCAAUUACUUUUCAAAUGAUAUGUACGAAACCAACCUCACUUCUUUAAUAGCCGCUAUCAUAGGUUAUUAUGUUGCAUCAUUAUAUUUCUAAAUAUAUUCGAUUGUUCUAUAAGGUUUGGGUUAUAUUUAUAUAAGAACGAUGAAUAUUUGUAAAAAGAACAAUGAGAAUUAUGAAAGGAACUAAUAAAAAAGAAGAGAUACUGCAUUUGAAGCAUUUAAAAACAUUUAUAAAGUAUCUAUAUAGAUCAUAUAACUCUUUAGGAUUUCUCAGAAAUUAUGAUUCACUUUGAAAAUAAGAUUAAAAAUUAGAAAACCAAAGACUAACUUCCUCAUUGA